AUGAGGAUCUCUCACAUCCAAGGUCGCCUUGAACAGCAACAUUCUUUAAGCACGCUCAUUGUUCGAUCUUUAGAAAGCUUCACUCAAAUUCCAACAAUUGAACUCACAUCUCGUGUGAUUAAUGCACGUUUAACGUCACUCACCGAUAACUGGGACAAAUUCUCAAUAAUUCAUGAUGCUAUUGUGAUAUCAAUCAAUCAGCUUAGCCCUUCUAAACAAGAACUCAUACGAAAUCAUCCUUACUUUACUGACAAUAUCCACUCUACGACUUACGAACGUUAUUUAGAGUGUGUUGACAGAAUGAACGCUCAUCUUGAUUCAGAGGAACAAUUGAAAGAAGGUACGUCUUCGACUCAAUCUCUGUCUCAAUCCACAGCAAAUCAAUUAUCAGUCUCACAUCACACAAGAUUACCUCGGAUCGAUCUUCCUAAAUUUAACGAUGCUCCAUCCGAGUGGCUGUCGUUUAAGGAUUUAUUCUCAUCAAUCAUCAUCAGAAAUAUUACGCUCAGUUCUGUAGAAAAACUGCAAUAUCUAAAGGCCAGCUUGACAGGAACUGCCUCUCAUUUACUGAAGAAUACGUCAUUAACAGCAGACAACUUUCAAAAGGCCUGGGACGAUCUCAUCUCCUUCUAUGAAAACAAACGCCUCUUAGUCAACGCUGCCAUACAAGCAUUACUAUCGUUGAGAAGAAUGACAAGGGAAUCAGCAACGGAUCUUGAAUACUUAUAUACCAAUCUCAUGCAAAUCUUCCGAACGUUAGAGACGUUACAACGACCUGUGGACAAAUGGGAUGAUUUCCUUGUAUUUUUAGCAGUGCAACGCCUAGACUCUGACUCUGUUAAGGCGUGGGAACAACAUCUAGGCUCUGCCAAGGAACCGCCUACGUGGAAACAGUUUUGUGAAUUUUUAGUCACACGAUUACUCUCCUUGCAAGCCUUUGAAAAAUCUCGCGGUAUCAAGGUUACAACGAAAGCGCAACAAAACACCUUUAAAUCACAUUUUCAAGCUAAAAAUUCAGACAUCGGUGACACGUCUUCUUCUUCGUGUAUUAUAUGUUCUUCCAAGCACUAUCUCGCUAAAUGUCCACAGUAUAUAUCAAAGACCACUCAACAACGCUACUCAAUCCUCACAAAGCACGGGCGCUGUUACAACUGUUUGGGAGCUCAUCGAGUGUCAGACUGUCAUUCAACUAAACGGUGCAUAAAGUGUGGUCGAAAACAUCAUACCACUAUUCAUAAACAACCCAGUUUAGAUAAACAGGUUGACUCAACAAAAGCGACCACACCACAGGAGACUGUAACAAAAUCUAGUUCUUCUCAGGUCUUACAUUUGAAUAUUAAUUCAACUCAUGCUACCUCAUGUGUGUUGCUAGCAACAGCUCAGGUUGUCAUCAUCAACCAGAAAGGAAGUACCUUACAGAUCAGAGCAUUGAUUGAUCAAGGCUCGGAAAUUACGUUAAUAACCGAAAGAGUAGCCCAGAAUUUAAAGCUUUCUAGGUCACAUUCAUGGAUUCCCUUGGUAGAAGUUGGAGGACACUCGUCUUGUAAAACCCGUGGCGUCACAUUGUUCAAGAUUGCUGCUAUUUAUGAGAACUCGGAAACACUUGAAGUAUCCGCACAUAUUCUACCCAAGCUUACCAACUCAAUUCCUUCAGUGUCAAUUGAUAUGCAUCAAUGGCAACAUCUUAUUGAAUUAACUCUGGCAGAUCCUCACUUUCUACAACCAUUAGCUGUUGAUAUGAUAAUUGGAGCUGAUGUAUACCACCAGAUCAUCCGUGAGGGGUUAAAGAAAGGACCUAUUGACUCUCCUAUCGCACAGCUUACUGCCUUUGGGUGGAUUAUCUCUGGCCCGACCUCGGCGAAUCGAACAUCACUAUUGACCAAUAGUUACCAUGCCUCUAUGGAUCAACAAUUGUUUGAUGUUCUCCGUAAGUUUUGGGAACAACAGGAGGUAUGUAUUAACAAGAGUUCCUCCCUAUCCCCGGAAGAGCAAGCCUGCGAGAAACACUUUCAAGACACACACUCAAGAGACCCACAAGGUCGUUACGUGGUAAGCUUACCGUUUAAGAGGUCUGCUAAAGAGUUAGGUCCGCUAAAUUCACGACACAAAGCAGCACGUAUGUUGACAUCUCUAUGGAAUAAAUUUAACUCAGAUACAAUUUAUGCUCAAGCUUAUUCAAAAUUCAUGACUGAAUAUAAAGAUCUACAUCACAUGAGGUUGAUAGACGAUAUUCAACCUGAACCUCAACCCAACUUUUACUUACCUCAUCACGGCGUAUGGAAAGAAAACAGUACGACUACUAAGCUUAGAGUUGUCUUUAAUGGAUCUAGCCGUACAACUUCAAGACUUUCGCUCAAUGACAUUCUUCACACCGGUCCUAAAUUGCAACUCGAAUUACUAGAUGUACUUAUCUGGUUUAGACAGUUUCGAUAUGUUUUCUCGGCAGAUAUCGAAAAGAUGUAUCGCCAGAUCAAUAUCCAUCCAAAGGACUGGAAAUACCAGCGAGUAUUAUGGUCAACGUCUGAAGAUCAUGUUGAUACAUACGAAUUGACAACGGUAACGUACGGCCUGGCGUGCGCUCCAUACUUAGCACUCCGUACAAUCCUACAACUGGUGGAAGAUGAGAAAAUGAAUUAUCCUCUCGCCAUUCCUUGUCUCACUAAGGGCAGAUAUGUGGACGACGUUUUUGGAGGAGCAGAGUCAAUUGAAGCAUUGAAAGCACAAGUCGUACAAUUAAAUCAACUAUGCUUGGCAGGCGGAUUUCAAUUGCAGAAAUGGACAAGUAAUCUGGAUUCAAUACUUGAUUCACUACCACGAGGUAUACGAGAUGAUGGAUCAUCCAAGUUCAUCGAUCGAACCUCUUGUGUUCAAGUUCUUGGAUUAAAUUGGCAUCCACAAUCUGAUACGUUUCAUUUUAUCCUCAACCCUCCAACAAGUCAUUCCAUUACUAAACGAGCUGUAUUGUCUCUUAUAGCAAAGUUAUUCGACCCACUCGGAUUAUUAUCACCUAUCAUUAUCAAGGCUAAAAUUCUUAUACAAGAAUUAUGGACUCAAAGGUUAGACUGGGAUGAUCCGUUACCAACGCAGUUUGCCGACAAAUGGGAGACAUUUUUAAGCGAAUUAUCAGACAUUAAUCUCAUUCAUAUUCCACGAUGGAUUGGAAGUAAGCCAGAGCAGCAGAUCCAGAUUCAUGGCUUCUGCGAUGCUUCUCAGCAGGCAUUUGCGGCGUCGGUUUAUCUCCGAACAACUAAUGCAGAAACAAAAUCCACUGCCAUGUUGAUCGUAUCAAAAACUAAAGUCGCACCAUUAAAGAGACUGACCAUACCAAGAUUAGAAUUAUCUGGUGCAGUAUUACUCACUAAAUUAGUCUCUCAUAUUCUAUCAGUUUUAGAUCUCAAAGGAGUCUCAGUAUUUCUCUGGACGGAUUCUUCAGUAACGUUAACGUGGAUAAAUGGAUCUGCAUCAAAGUGGACAGAUUUCGUUCACAACAGAGUAGUCUAUAUCCAAGAAACUCUACUACAAGCAAGGUGGAGAUUUGUAUCUGGAAAAGAGAACCCAGCCGAUAUUGCUACGAGAGGAGUGUCUCCGUCACAGCUGAACAAAUUCACAUGCUGGUGGGAAGGACCCACGUGGCUGUCUCAAUCCCCCGACACUUGGCCUGUUGAUUCUGACACCGUUUCGACAUCAGACAAUUUAGAAGAGCGUCCAGCUCAAAUUACCACAGUAACAUCAGGUCAGAUUUCACAUCCGUGGGAUUUAUUGGCACGAUAUUCAGAUCUCAAGAAGUUGCUACGCAUAACAGCUAUGUGUAUGAGAGCCGCAGAGCGAUUUAGACAGUCAGUUUCACUGACAAAUCCAUUAACUGUUUGUGAGAUUGACAAAGCAAGGAUGUUUUGGAUUAAACAUAUUCAACAAAUAUACUUCAAACAGGAAAUUAGCGUUCUCUCAGGAGGCGCUACUUUACCCAAGUCCAGUCCAUUGACUCGUCUUACACCCUUUUUAGAUGCAAAUGACCUUCUACGAACAGGGGGACGUCUUCAACAUUCAAGUUUACCUGAAGAUUCUAAGCACCUACUAAUAUUACCCAAACAGUCUCUCUUUACUGUUUUAAUUAUCUCAGAUGCACAUUUGAAAACCCUACAUGGAGGGACGCAAAUUACUUUAACACAUCUACGACAAAAUUAUUGGAUAGUAGGAGGUACAGGCAAAAACGAGCACAGCAGAUUAUGGGCCAACUUCCAGAAAAAAAGAGUCAAUCCUACCAUACGUCCAUUCUUCAAUUCUGGUGUUGACUAUGCAGGCCCAUUUUCUAUCAAGACUUGGAAAGGAAAAAAUGCACGACAGUACAAAGCCUAUAUAGCCGUAUUUGUGUGCUACUCAACCUCUGCUUCUCACCUUGAAUUAGUGACAGAUUAUUCUUCAGACGCCUUCAUUGCGGCGUAUAAACGUUUCGCAGCUAGACGCGGUAUAUGUGCAACACUCUCCAGUGAUUGCGGCACCAAUUUGAUGGGCGCUGAUAAAGAGCUACGAAACCUAUUUUCGGCCUCUUCGAAAGAGUCAGACAAGUUAUUGACCUUACUCGCAAAUGAUGGCACACAAUGGAUUUUUAAUCCACCAAGCGCUCCCCAUUUUGGAGGAAAAUGGGAGGCGACAGUCAAAUCAGUUAAGCAUCAUCUCAAACGCAUUGUGGGCAAUCAGUUACUCACGUACGAAGAGAUGACUACGUUGCUAUCACAAAUCGAGGCAGUUCUCAAUUCGAGACCCUUGAGUCCGCUUUCAGAUGAUCCUGAGGAUCUUUCAGCUUUGACACCAGGCCAUUUUUUGGUGGGAGGUGCUCCCACAAUUAUACCUGAACCUAUGCUAAACAAUGUUAACUGUUCUAGGUUGUCAAGAUGGCAGUUACUUAAACAAAUGUUGGACACGUUCUGGUCACGUUGGUCGCAGGAAUGUCUCCAAAGAUUUCAUGAUGUAUCUAAAUGGAACAAGCCAGUACCAUCUCUGAAAAAAGAUUCACUUGUUCUGGUUGUGGAUGAACGGUAUCCGCCAGCUAAGUGGCCUCUCGGCCGAGUUAUAGACGUUCAUCCUGGCGCAGAUGGGCAUGUCAGAGUUGUUACAGUUCGCACUCAGACAUCUGUUCUCAAACGUCCUAUCGUAAAACUGUGCCCAUUACCUAUCGAACGAACAGAUUCAUGA